UCCUCCCGUCGCCUGCAGCGAGCGCUCGGGAGAGCCGGACGGUCGCGGGAGCCGGCGUCCGUCCUUUGUGAGGCGCUCAGGCUGUCGGGCCGAAAUGUGGCCGCGGCGGGGACUUGCGUCUCCUGCUCAGCCUCUGGGGCGCGUGGACUGACCUGACCGGGAGCCAUGGACUGAGGACGUGAGCUGCGCGGGGCAGUCAUGACUUCUGCCGCGGAGCUUAAGAAGCCACCAUUGGCUCCCAAGCCAAAGUUAGUGGGGACCAAUAACAAACCAACUCCUCCUCCUAUUGCACCUAAACCAGACGUUGUAAAUGCUAGUGUUCCACGGUUAACAAAGAAAACUAAACCAGCAAUUGCACCGAAACCAAAAGUUCUGACAAACUCUGUUGUUCAAGACAUCAAGCAGUCACUGUCAAAGAACCCCACACUGGAGGAACGGGAGCCAGCACCACCCAAAAGCACUGACAAGUUUAAUUGCAAAGAUGUCGGCAAUCCACACAGUGAUUAUAUUUUACCAACGUGUUCAUGCAGUUCUGUGUAUAUUCAUGAGCCUGGGAAUAGAGAAAGUCUGUGUGCAAAGCAGCUUGUUUUAGAGCCUCUGGGAAUGAAAGAAAACUUAGAGAAUAGUAAAAAUGGUGAGUCCUCCUUAACUGCAAAGAGGGGGAUUAGAUGGGAUUCUGGUGGUGAAAAGUGCUGGAGCCAGAGUGGAGUUGUCAUAAAGGCAAACAUCUUAGAGGAGAAACUCAAAGAGGUUCUCACACAGCCGCAAUCACCUUGUAGCUCCCCAAGGAAGCACAGAUCCCCAAACAACCCAGAAAUGAAUGGUGACUAUAGUUGCAGCAGACAGAUCAGGAUUGAAUUUGCAGAUCUGUCCCCUUCCCCAUCCAGCUUUGAAAAAGUUUCUGCUCACGACAGCUGCCACCCACAACUUCCUAGGGAUGAAACUGAAAAUUUUGAGACUAGUCAAGGUGGCAGUGUGGACAGUCACAGUCACCUUCACUCGUGUGCACUGGAUGACAAAAGGAUAUCUUCAGAUGGGACCAGUAGUAAGAAGACAGAGGUCAAUGAUCUUGGUCCUGUAGAAAUCCACUUAUUACCUUAUACCUCAAAGUUUCCAACUCCCAAGCCCAGAAGGACACAUGCCGCUCGCCUGCGGCGCCAAAAAUAUGUAGAGACUCCUAGUGAAAGUACAGAAGAGCCAGAGAAUUCACACAAUGGCUCUUCUUGUCUCCUUGAAGAUAGUUUGAAAAACAAUAAAGACAGUGUUCUUCAUCAGAAUGCUUUGUUUAGUCAGGGACAAGUGGACAAAGUGAAGCUAGCAAAUAAAAGGGCAUUGACCACUGAUUCCAAUGGCGACAGACAAGACUCAGCCAACUCUCAGAGAGCUGUGGCUCAUGAAACAACUUCUUUUGAGAAAGUGGCACCUUCUUUAGACACAGACUCUGUGUUGAGUUCUGACAGCACGACGGAAGAUGGUUCUAGUACGUUACCUGCUGCAGACAGCGAGCCUGCUUUUUUACAAUGCAGUACUCAGUCUUUGAGCUUGCCUAAGCAAGUCAAAUUAGCCUGCACUGAACAUCCGCCAACUACCUGUAACACGGAAUUGUCAGUUUCUCAGAUACAAAAGGAAUCUUCCUCUAAAAUUGUUCCCCCAAAGCCACAGAGACACAGCCUGCCUGCUGCAGGAGUGCUUAAAAAGGCUGCUUCGGAGGAACUUGUAGAAAAAAACUCGUACUCUUCAAAUAAAGAAACAAAUUCAGAGAAAGGUCUGCAAAAGAAACACCUUCAACACUUGGGUCCCUCAAACCAUGGGUUAUCACCAUCCUCCUCUGAUAUGCCCAACCUUACUUCUGAAAAGCCAGUGUGGAAGUUACCUCAUCCUAUUUUGCCUUUCUCAGGGAGCCCAGAAGCCUUGAGGCUUGUCACUUUAUCCUUAAAUAAUGAGCCUUCUAUUUCCCUUACCAAGCCAAGAGCAAAAUCACUGUCUGCUGUGGAGACAGACCGGUGCAAUAAACCAUGCAAGGAACCUCCAAAGAAAAUUUCUCUUAAAAAGUUGAUGAAUGUGAAACUUUCCAUUGGUUUUAUAAAGAGUGACUUCCAGAAAUUUAGGUCGAAAAGCUGCCAACAUGGGGAUGUCACGACAGGACAUAUGCUCAAUAGAGAGCUGAAAGGGCAGGAAAGUGAUUGGCAAGGUUCAGUGACAGGAGACGAAAAGAGACGUAAACCCGCCAAGGCAUAUUCUGCAGAAAACUGCAGCCUGGUAUCUCAAAAGGUGAAAUCUUGGGGCCAGACCAGUGCCGGUAAUGGUCAAAGAGCUGAGUCUUUGGAUGACCAGAUGCUCUCCAGGGACUCCUCCUGUCCUGUGUCUUACAAGUCUACUACAAGUGACUGCAUGCCAGAGUAUGAAAAUGUCCGCCAUUAUGAGGAAAUUCCAGAGUAUGAGAAUUUGCCCUUUGUCAUGGCUGGAAGGAAAGCUCCAGAGGUGGGAUGGCAGAACUCCAGCAGCAUGGAGGACACUGAUGCAAAUCUGUAUGAAGUACAAGAGCCUUAUGAUGUUCCAGAUGGCCAGCUGCAACUUGAUCCUAGACAUCAGCCUCCCAGCUCUGGAGUGUCCCAGGAGGGGCAGGAUUCUCUCCAUCUUGCUCUUGGUGACCUGCCCUCUGAUGAGGAAAUCAUCAAUAGUUCUGAUGAAGAUGAUGUCAGCUCCCAGUCCAGUAAAGGAGACCCAGGCCAGCUGGAGGAUAAGCAGGAUGAAGACACUGGAAUGAAAAGCAAAGUCUAUCAUAUUGCCAAGGAGAUCAUGAGCUCAGAGAAAGUGUUUGUGGAUGUGUUAAAACUUUUGCAUAUUGAUUUCCGGGGUGCCGUGGCACGUGCAUCCAGGCAGCUUGGGAAGCCUGUGAUUGAGGACCGCAUCCUUAACCAGAUCUUGUACUACCUGCCCCAGCUGUAUGAGCUAAACCGGGAUCUCCUGAAGGAACUGGAGGAAAGAAUGCUGAGCUGGACUGAACAACAAAGAAUUGCUGAUAUCUUUGUCAAGAAGGGGCCAUAUUUAAAAAUGUAUUCCACAUACAUCAAGGAAUUUGAUAAGAACAUAGCUUUGCUGGAUGAGCAGUGCAAGAAAAAUCCAGGAUUUGCUGCUGUUGUUAGAGAAUUUGAGAUGAGUCCUCGAUGUGCCAACCUGGCCCUGAAGCACUACCUGCUAAAGCCAGUUCAGAGGAUCCCUCAGUACAGACUGCUGCUAACAGAUUACUUAAAGAACCUUCUAGAAGGCUCUGUAGAUCACAGAGACACAAAAGAUGCCCUAGCAGUUGUGAUAGAGGUAGCUAACCAUGCCAAUGACACCAUGAAGCAAGGGGACAACUUUCAGAAACUUAUGCAAAUUCAAUACAGCUUAAGUGGACACCAUGAAAUUGUGCAGCCUGGGCGGGUUUUUCUCAAAGAAGGCACGCUGAUGAAGCUGUCUCGGAAAGUCAUGCAGCCCCGAAUGUUCUUCCUGUUUAAUGAUGCCCUGCUGUAUACAACACCCAUGCAAUCUGGGAUGUACAAAUUGAACAACAUGCUCUCGUUGGCUGGAAUGAAGGUCAGAAAACCUUCUCAAGAAGCAUAUCAGAAUGAAUUAAAUAUUGAAAGUGUGGAACGUUCUUUCAUCCUCUCAGCUAGUUCUGCCACAGAAAGAGAUGACUGGCUGGAGGCCAUAUCCAGCUCAAUAGAAGAGUAUGCCAAGAAAAGAGUCACCUUCUGCCCCAGCAGGAGUCUGGAUGAGGACUCAGAAAAGAAAGAGGAAGUGAGUCCUCUCGGGUCAAAGGCUCCCAUCUGGAUCCCUGACACCAGGGCCACCAUGUGUAUGAUCUGCACCAGUGAAUUCACCCUGACCUGGAGAAGACACCACUGCAGGGCCUGUGGAAAGAUUGUAUGCCAAGCUUGCUCAUCAAAUAAGUAUGGCUUAGACUACCUGAAAAGGCAACUGGCAAGAGUAUGUGAACACUGCUUCCAAGAACUACAGAAAUUAGAUCACCAGAUGCCCCCUAGGAUUGGAUCUCCUGGAAAUCACAAGUCUCCUUCAAGUGCCUUCUCAUCAGUCUUGCAUAGUAUCCCAUCUGGGAGAAAACAGAAGAAAAUCCCAGCGGCUCUCAAAGAGGUGUCAGCAAACACAGAAGACUCCACCAUGAGUGGCUACCUGUACAGAUCCAAGGGCACCAAGAAGCCAUGGAAACACUUGUGGUUUGUCAUCAAAAACAAAGUACUCUAUACAUACGCUGCAAGCGAGGAUGUGGCAGCUCUGGAGAGUCAGCCUUUAUUAGGGUUUACUGUUACUCAAGUCAAAGACGAGAAUUCAGAGUCUAGAGUGUUUCAGCUACUGCACAAAGGCAUGGUGUUUUAUGUGUUUAAGGCAGACGAUGCCCACUCCACUCAGAAGUGGAUAGAAGCGUUUCAGGAGGGCACUGUGUUGUAGCAGCAUUGGCUUCACUUGCUCUGUGAUCCCAACAAGGUGGAGGCUCAGCAGAAUGGAAUCAAAGCUACUCAAAAGCCACAUAAAAGUGAACAAGAUAAAUCCACCCACAGGUGUUAUGAGAGAAAUUGUCUUGUUAGGUGUAUACUGUUCCUAAAAGUGUUUUUUCAUGUAUGUUAUUUAUUAAACUGUUGAUGUUUACUUGCCAGUCAGAAUGGAUUCUGAGACUCAUACUGAAUUCUAAAGUACUGUUUAGAGAUGGGAACGUACCUUAAACUGUACUCUGUGUAGUACUGGUGAUGUCCAUCCACACUAUCGUCUCUGCCUUACACCAUGACACUUUCACUAUUGGUAAAUCUUUGCAAGCAAAACACACAUAUUAAUUAGCAAAUGUCCAUACAAUGUAUGGUUUAGAAAUUACAGUUAUAAAAUUGCUGUUGAAAAUGCAAACUUUAGAGUCACUAAACUUAAUUGGAACUUUUUAUGUUGCAAUAGAGAUACACAUAGCCAGCUUCUACCUCAGUAACUGUGAAGUGAAAUCCUAGCAGAAUCUGUACUGAUACCUGUGUCCUCCUCCACACACCCCACAGGAUCUUGCUAAUUGCCAGGCUGGCUUUGAGCUAGCUGCGUAGCGCAGGCACACCUUGAGCUACAGCGUGUCUGCCUAGGCCUGCAGCACCAUACCCAGUCUUUAUCUCAAGCUGCCAGCUCAGUGUAAAUGUGAUUUUUUUUGUUUUUUGUUUUUUGAGACAGAACCUCCCUCUGGAACCCAGCCUGGCCUGGAUCUUGUUGUGUAACCCAUGCUAGCCUAGGACUCACCUGCUUGGCUGGUGAUCAAGUGCUGGGAUUCCAUGUGUGUGUCACCUGGCUCAGUGAUUAGCGUUUUAAAAAAUAGACUAAGGCAGGUAACAUGUUACCUAAUACCCCCUACUAUUCUUAAGAGUUUGAGCCCAACUCAGUGAUGGUAUUUAUAUCUAAAAGGGUGUCAUAUUUUCUGUAACGUGUAUUUUAAGUGACCUGAAAUCAUCAUUCUUUUUUAAAGGAAAUAUUAUGCUACUUUGAUUUGUUCCUCCUGACAUUUAAAUUUUGCCCAUCCUCUCUCCCUCUGUCUCUUUGGAGACACAGUCCUUCCAUGCAGCCCAGGCUGCCCUCAUACUUAUCAUCCUGCCUUGGCUCCCCGAAACCGGGAGUGCAGAUGUACGCGAACACCCCGGACUUUACCAGCCAGCGGCCCUUAUUAGGAAAGAUUCAUGUUCUUUACUCUGGCACACUCACCUUUAACACGGACACCCCAUGCACAUUAAUUUGUUGAUUAGCAGCAGGAGAAUGAAGUUAACAUGCUGAAAAUCAUUUCAUUGUUUAAAUAUUUUGUUGACGGAGUUUAAACUAUCAGUUAAAAGGCAAGGUUAUCCAUAGAUAUCUAUUAAAGGAUGCAAGAAUUUUCUGCUUCUUUAUAGAUGAGGUUAAAUUUAGUGUGAUGUCAGUAGUUAAAUUAUAUCCUGAAUACUAUGUUUUCAUCCUGAAUACCUUCAUGAGGCCUUCUGGAUGUUACUGGGUACAGAUAUUCUGGAUGCUAGAGGUAGCAGAUGGAGUUUUUCUUGGCUCUUUCUGGCUACGGCAUAAUUUGAAGCCCUGUGCAAUUUCACAGGGCCCUUCAUGCUUCCUUGCCACGGGGUAAGCCAGCUCUUUGUAACUCAUUUUAACUGGGUCACAUAAAUAUUGUUCACGCAAACAUCUCUGUAAUGUUUGUAGUGCCUUCCUUUUGGAAACCAGGGUUCUUUAUAUUUUCAUAUUUUGUCCUCUUUGAAUUCUGGACCUCUUUAAGAUUUGCUUGUAAACCUCAAAAUGUCUACAAAGUAUUAACCACAGCAUUUUGUCUCCUAACACUUCACAGAAUCAAGAAACUGUUUAAAGUCUAAAUAUGUAUAAGGAAGUUAGCGCACAAAGUCACCCCUGCAUGAUGAAAUCCGUGUAUGGUUGUGUUUGCCAAUUGCUUAGUCCUAUGCAAAAUUUUGGAAAAGACAGCAUAGAAGCUAUUAGAUCACGGUUACCCCCACUCUAACGUUUUAAUUGUGGAGUAAGAUUGCAUUCCCCAUCCCUCCAUGAUCUUUAUAACCUACUAAAUAUGGUCAAUAAUUUAUUUAACAUGGCUCAUUCAAUGGCAAGUAAGAAUGUAUUCAUAAUUUGCUAUAAAACUACUUUUAAAAAUAUUACUGAGCCAGGUUCUUUAGGUACUUUACCCCUGAGUUACCCCCAUUGCUAUCUAUCACUUACGGGUGAAUGAUACCAAGGAGACCUUGAUUCUGGGUCCCAGAGAUGCUGCUCAUCACACAUGCAUGUGCUACCAUCAGAGUUUUGCUCAGGUGCCUCCUAAGCUCAGCCAGAAAGUGACCAAGACACCAUGGCAGGCUGAGCUAGGACAGCCCCUAAGCAGUGCUCCUCUGUCUUAAGCAGCGAAUCGCAGAAGACACCACCAAGUCUAAGAGAAUGAAAAGGGACAUUUGUUACCUUAUCCCAUGUUUCAGAACCUCUUCCCAUUCUCUGAUGUAACCAGUAUCAUUCAGUUGCCCCUGACGGCCCUCGUUUUUUCCAGUAAGAAACUUGAUCAUUUGAGUAUUUACUAGCAUUUUUAAAAAAUGAAAUCACACACACCCCUCUUUGAGUUAUAAUACAAUGCAAUGAUACUAAGGACAACAACUUGAACGUAUGUUUUUGUUAGCCAGGUAUAUAGUGGGCUAUGUAGGAAAUGGAGAAAGCCUCCUAUUUGAUGUAAUUAUCACAGCAUGUGCUAAAUGUGCUUCCAAUGUGCUCAUUGUGGUCAAAAUGCUGGCAUUUCCAGAGGUAAAUCCUAUCUCAUUGUACCAUGUGAUCCUUAAAAAUAGAUACUAUAUUUAUUCUAUCCAUUUGUCUUCGAUCUUUGGAGCUUUAGUUGAACACAGAGAACAAGAAUUCCAAGGUGUUUUGUUUUGAGUAAGCAUCCCAUUGUUUUUUUUUUUUCCAAGACAGCCCCUCCUGCCUCAUCCUCAGCCUGCCUAGCUCAGUAACAAGACUCAGCUGUCACUGAGUCUCCAGAGCCCUUAUUCUGACCGGGAUCUUAUGCCCACUCCCCUCACCAUCCUGCAAGCUCACAUUUGUGGCAGGACUAACACUCUAGCUUUCUCAUCCCAGGAGACCACAGGGGGCUCUGAACCAACUCUUAAGUCUCUCUUGUGCUUUCCUUCUGCUUAUAGUUGCUAUAGCUUUCCCUCUGAGCUGGGGGUGCACCACAGUGCCACAGCACUGGCCUACUAUAUAUGAGGUGCUGAGUUCAAUCCCUUAUCUACAGAAGCAAGCAUACUUUUUUUUUUUUUUUUCUGAUUUCAACGCCUCUCUUUUGUGGUCUGUUUUAAACAUUGUCAAAGCAAUCUGUCUGAAGCAGAAUUCUAGUCUAAUCCCCAUUCCUAUGGACUUCAGUAGCUUUCCCAGUAGCUUGGCAUGCAACAAUUCCUCUGAUCCCAUACACUCCAACUGAACCUACUUCAGCUUUUCUCUGUUCAUGCCAUUUUGUUUGUUUGUUUGUUUGCUCGCUCUCAUGUCAGGUCAGCCCAGCUCUGCUUCCGUGUUAUCUGACAUUCCACAUUGAUGGGGUCCUCUUCUCUGUCCUUUAAACUAAAUGCACUCUCUUUCCUGUGUUCCUAUAAUCCUCACUUCAUAAUCAGACUUUCAUUAUUCUUACCACAUUCUGUUCUUGAAAACAGCUUGCCUUGUUAACCAGAGGCUUACCACAUCUGACAAGAAUGUCUUACAUACAGUGAAUAAAUGUUUGCUUGUUGACUUAAGUAACUUCUAUGGGUCCCUAAAAAGUAUCUUCAGUACACAUAAUCUGGAGCCUAGGCGAUUUUUAAUAUUAUUUUCUAAAUGAAAAUCAAUGUCAUUUUCCCUUAUAAGAAAAAUUAGUUAUUACAGGAAAGAUUUUAAGAAAGAAAACAGGUUUAUUUCGUACACUGCAAAGACAGUGGUGGUUCCCAUGGUAACUUGCCUGCUAGAAAAAAGAAAAUAAAGGUAGUAGAGCCUUUAAAAAAAAACAAACAUCAAAAUAUUCUUUUUCCUUUGAGCUCGGGAGUGGAGGGAGACAACUUUCCCUUUCAUGUAGUUACUUGUUGUAUGUGAAAACCAGUUUCAAAAUAUUUUAAAUGUUUUUUUCUUAAAACACCUUUUUUACUUAAAGUGAUAGUGGUUUGUAUCUUACUGUUCAUAUGAAGAUCAUUUAUAAAUAAAAUAGCAUUGUAAAUAAUGUUAAUAUGUAUUAUAAUUUAUACAAAAUAAAUUUACUAUAGUAUCUA